AGUAAAAGAAGCUGUUCCACUGCACAGUCUCCACCCACCAGAACGCAGCAGCGCCGUCGCGUUGUGGUCAUCGCGGAACGCUGUUUUGAACGUGUUUUGAUUAUCACAGCUGUGGCGGUUCUUAUCUGAAGCAAAGCGACUUACCCGCACACGUGUGGUUGGCACGAUUGUUGCUUUGGGGGGGGACUCCCGGUCUCUUUGUGGGCAUCUCAACCACUACAUAUAUGUGUGGCGAGUGCACCUUUGGGUUUGACUGCGGUAUCUUUGCAAACGUCACUGCCUGCGCCGUCACUCACACACACAGACACGUGCAGAUCUAAUAUCUUUAUAUUUUGUGACAACACGCAGUGUACCCUCUGGAGGUCGCUAAAAAGGGAGGAGUAACUGCCUUCUCCUUCUUUCUCAGUCUCCGUUGUGCGGGCACAUGUCCACUCUUUCGCCGGAUGGGGUCGCCUUUUCGAUCUUCGUCAGUAACAAGCGCCGCUACGUAGUUCCCGUCAACGCACAGGGGGAGCAGCUCGGACCGCCUCUGCCUUUCCGCAACGCAAACCGGCGCAAGAGGAAGGGCUACGGUCCGGGCAGCAGCAACACCUCUCUCACGGAAGAGACGAGUUCGCCUUCGACGUCGCCCCUCGCUGAUGCGGCGGCGUCACUCGAAGCCAUCAGUGCCUCGCUCAGCUCCGACAGCAGCCACUCCUCUCCGAGUCGCAGCGGGCGCCUGCACCUCAGCCGCUCCGUCAGCUUCCUAGACAAAAGCACCGCCGGGCCGACGUACACGGAGCCGAUCGACUCCCGCGCGAACAAGGAAGGGGCCCCGCCGUCCAUCUUACAGAAGAAGAGCAGCUUCCGCAUUACGCUGCGGCCUCUCUUCGACUUCGAGUACGAGCCGCCGCACCAGCCUCGUGACGACAAGAAGGCAGAAGCGGGGGCGAAAACAAAGGUGGAAGCGGCAACGGAGGAGGAUGCGGUUGUGACGACGAUACCCCUACACGUACCGGAGAGCGGGCCGCACCUGCCCUCGCUCUCGCCGCCCAUUAGCGUUCCGGAAGACUGGGAAAGACCGCGCUCACCGCCAUCACCGCUCGCACCGCACCGCAAGAGCGAUCCUGGCAUGCGCUUUGUGCGAGGCAGCAACGUUGCAGCAGCGGCGAUGCCCGCCCGUGCGCCGCCUCCUGCCUCAGCAUACGAGAUCACAAAGCCGAUUCCAGAGACAUUUUCUUUUUUGACAACAACGUGGAGAGCAGAGGAGGCAGCGGGGGAGCUUACCAAACCUGCACCUCCCGUGCCAAAACCGCAGGAGUACGCGCCGUCUCCGUCGAAGGAUGCCGUUGUCUUGGCUUGCACGACCAUGUCAUCGCCACCGCCAGAUUACCUUUCCCGUUUGAUGCCGCAGAGCUCCCUCCCUCGCGCCCUGAAGUCCGAAACGAAGGCGGCUGCGCCGGUCUCCCUCACACCCGAACCGCAGACGAGUGUGAAAAGAGUGGCACCGACGGCCACAGCAACACACGCACCGAGGCACCGGUACUACCGCCACUCCACGCGGCAUCAUACCGUCAAAGAAAAGGACGCACCGCCCAGCCAGAGCGCCACGGCUGCUGCGUCGGAGCCGAAGACGACGCAAAGGAAAGAAGACGUUAACAUGCAGGGGGCGGACAGAGAGGAGGAGGAGAAGGUGGAGGGGCGGCAGCGGGAAGACAACGCGAUCUCACCAGCGGAGCAGAAAAACACGCUCGUGAAUGUGUUCCCCUCGCAGAAGCCGGAGGUGUACGAGUUCGAUAGUCCGGCAUCGCACUCCUCAAACUUCCACUUUCCAUCAACUGCGAAAGUAGCGGCGGCGGCGAAAUCAAACGAAGCGUAUUCCACCAUCUCACCGAGCAACUCAGCAGGUCGCCACUCCGCCUCUCCACGUCUCGGCGGCUCCCCUGACUUGGGCGAAACGCAGCUCAACAGCGCAUUCGGCAUCUACGAGGAGGUGAGCGUAAGUCCCACGAAAGCGAUCGUCAGCCCUUCCGCGCAGUCGAACGAAGAUCAUUCCGUAGCGUACCGUUACCGCAGCCCGAAGCUCCUUACGCCAAAAAUGGCCGUCUUUCCGGCCCGCAAAACGCUGCCGACUACGACAGCGGCGCCUGAUGCGCACGGCGGGGAAGAAUACCGGUGCGCAUACCAGUCGCCUCCACUGGACGCUGUAACCCCCACGCUGCCGCCACCUCCACCACCGCCAUCCGCUACCCCGACACCACGCCAUCACGACUAUGAGAUCCGCGACCCAUACACCGCGGAGGAUGCGGUGUCUCGCAGCUCUUUGUUGGACACGACACUGCCACCCAAAGCUAAACGGCUACCCAGAAGAAUCCCAGAACGAAAACCAUCUUCAGACUCGUUUGUUCUUCCACUGCUCCUCUCCAUACCUUCGCUGGUCUCACUGGUGCGACGAGGUACUCCACCGCGGUCCGUCUCUCUCGCCUCCUCCCGCAACAACAACUCUGCUUCUCCCGCGGGCAGCUCAUUACUGAGGACCUCCUCGCCUGCCGACAGUAGCUGCUCCUACGAGUACGGCAGCAUGCCCACGCUUUCCGACACGCUUUCCGGUUAUGAGGGUGUGGAGUCUAUCUCAGUAGAGAGCCACACCGGCAGCAACUCGAAAACCUCCACGAUGUACUCCUCCGGCAGCAAACGUCGUCAAAGCAGUAGCCGGAGUCUUUGGUCGAAGAUGGUGCGGCGCCUUCGCAUGCCGCUGAUCUCGAAAUCAUCGGAUGAGGAGGUCACCCCGAUGCAGCAGCUCAACCGCUAUCGUAGUCGACGCGCCCUCGCCAACUCUCGCGGGUACGGCGAGUUGCGUGUCGAGGAGGUAUGGAGCGGGGAAAGCAGUCUUUCUUCUGUGGAGACGGAAGGGCCAGCCGACCCGCUGCGGCGUCAUCGUCGUGCGAAGAAGAGCAAUAUUUCGUAA